AUGUCAGCGGGCAAAGGCCAAAAGAGAUCGAAACGAAACGAGGAAAUCUCAUCAGAUGAAGAUAUUUCGGCAGAUGAAGGACGACCGCCUGUAAGGCCUGGACUAGGCCCGUAUUCAGGGAUUGAAGAAAUCGAUGACGACGACCAAUUUGAGGAUGUUCAACAGACGGCUUAUAGGAAAGCAAAACAGUUGCUGGCCGAUAUUAGGGUGAAACUUUUUUGA